GAAUUUUUCAAACUAGCUGGCUAGACUGCGUUGCUGCGCGCAAGCUGUUUGCUGUAAAUCUGUUUCUGUUCAGAUUACGAUCAACAACAACAAAAACAGUUUGUCUGUCUCUGUUCAGCCUUCAGCGCUUCAAGGCCCGCGAAUCGGCUCGGUUCGGCGGCGUGUAGUGUUGUCCUACCGCGCGGCUCUUUCAACUUUUUUCCAAUAGUCAAAACGUGCUUCGAACCGAUUUCUUGCGUUCUGCUUCAAUUCGUCUCUCGUCAACGUGAUUUGCAUAGUUUUUCUGCUCGGUGAAAAAGAUUGACAAUAUGAUUCGCUCGGUACAAGUGUAUUGUUUUGUGUUCGAGCCGGUUCCUACUUGAAGUUUGUAUGUGUUAUAUCAAUAUGUUCUACUGUUUUGAUAAUUAUUCUUGAAGUGCACAACUUGGAAAAAUGCAGAGCAACGGAUAUCAGUCUGUUUUCGACUCUCCUGAGGCUGCUGAUAACCAUUUGGAGAGAGCUCGAUGUUUAGAAGCGGAUAGGAUACGAACUCCUGUGAAAACACGAGAUACAGACUGCUGCAGUGUGAAUCUGUUGAAACACUUUUUCCACAUAUUCAAUGUUGUUUUCCUGAUAGCUGGCCUAGCAGUUCUAUGCGUCGGAGUAUGGAGCAUAAUGUACAAGCAUGGAUACGUGUGCCUGUUGACGACAGUGACAUACCCAUUGACGUCAUACGUGCUGGUAGCGGCUGGCACUCUGGUGCCCCUCGUAACCGUGCUCGGCUGUUUCGGCAACUGUAAUGAAAACAGGUGCCUUAUAUUGUUGUACACAUUCAUGCUGCUGCUGAUAUUCCUGCUCGAAGCUAUGGUUGGAGUGCUGUCCUAUGUUUACCAAGACCAGGUUCACAUCGAACUGAACAGCAGUCUCAACAACACAUUUCUGCAGUCAUACAGGAUGAAUUCCGAAAAGACCAAUGCUAUAGACAGGAUGCAACAGCAGUUGAAAUGCUGUGGUGCUGAGAGGUUUGAAGAUUGGAAGAAGAGUGCCUGGCUGAAGAAUGACACCAGGACUUCCAACUUAGUUCCUGACUCGUGCUGCAAGACACCCUCGCCGGGUUGUGGCAGGCGCGAUCAUCCCAGUAACAUUCAUUACAGUGGCUGUCAAACAAGAUUUGCUGGAGAACUGCAAGAGCAUCUGAUCAUCAUUGGUGCAGUGGGGCUGGGUAUUUGUGUUAUACAAAUUUUUGGGAUGAUAAUAUCUUGUUGCCUCUACAUAAAACUGAAAGACAUAUCUGAUUACGAUUGAUUGGAAUCGUUGAUAUUUUUGUGUUCAUUGUAUUUAAAAAGCACUCUACUAGCUCUUUCCUACUAUAGUUUCUAUUACAUCGAGUGAUAUUAUGUAAAAAGCUUUAGAUUUAAGAUUAUUAAUAUAAGGAGAAUAAAUAUAAGAUGUGUAAAUAUUUAUUAUUUUAUUUAAUGUUUUAUCGAUUUGUCUUCGGGUGAUUUUUGACAAAUUUCUCCUCCAAAAGCCUGAUCCUAUUGCACUGUCAUAAUGUCUCUCCAGGUGCAUCUCCCUCCAUUCGAACAGUGAAAAAUUUAAAUUCUUAGUACCUUAUUUGUAAAAUUGAGAUUUUCCACUGCUUAUAAUAUGGUACGCAUAAUAAUAAUACCAUCCACGGUUUCUGUGAAGAAUAAUCCAUAUUAUUGUUAAAUAUGUUAUGUUAAUGGUGCUAAUUAUGAUAGUGUUUGUCAUUUUUGUGGCAAACAAAAAUAUUUUCAAAUUUAUUGCAUUUUGGAGUGUAAUACUUAUUUUUUAUACUCAUAAUCAACCCAGAUUCCAAUUUUUUCAGUGUUUAUACCUUAUAUUUGGACGGUGAAUUUUCAAUUAUUCUUCUAAGCUUUUCAAGGCGUUUUAAAGUAUGGUUGGAAAAUAACAGUUGUAUAUAGUCAAAUUUUUCAGGGGUUUUCAACCUCUUAUUCUAACAACUAAUAAGAUGGUUUAUUUCUGUCUGUAAUAAACUGUGUUGUCUGUCUUGGAGUCUCUCGAUGAUAAGGAAUUAUUCUUGGUCUCAAAUGUUCUAGCUCUUUUGUGUGUUAAAAAUUUAUGUGAUUUCAAAGUUUAGCACGUUCGUAAUAAUGAGUGAAAGAGUUACAAUAGAAUGACUUUUUCAUUCCAUUACGUGAUGAAGUUUGGACAGUAUAGUGUUCACUCUUCCACUCUUCCACAAAAUUGACGGAAUUCUCCACCUUUUCACGAUUGAAGGUUACCCAUAUAUCAUGAAUAGAAGAAAAGGCUUGAAGAAGGACUUGAGUCAACUGAGUUUGUAGAAGUUUUAUUUGUAUACAAUUUGAAUAAAAAAUGAUUAUUGUAUCAAUUUUCCUUUUUUGGAAAAACAAUACAGUUUAAAUAAAAUAAAAUCACUUUUUAUUCUCCGAAA